AUGGAGGUCUGGUUCGUAUCCCUGUGCUUCUGCCUCGCCAUUGCCCUCCACCAAGCUUCGGCUAUCAGCGGAGUGUCGUCCGGUCCGACCGUUCUCAAGGUUGGAAGGAAAGAGAUGAGACUCGACCUCCCGGGAACCGUGGCCCAGGCUCAGGUCCAAGCUUCUGUGCCCAAGACACACAAGACCUUCCAGAGUCCGCUCGGAUGGAACAGCUGGAACCACUUCCAGUGCAAUAUCACGGAAGACAUUGUCAAGACUGCAGCGGACAGGCUCGUGUCAUCUGGGUUAGCGGCCCUCGGCUACGUCUACGUCAACAUAGAUGAUUGCUGGCAAGCCGACUCACGGGAUUCCCAGGGUCGCCUGGUGGCAUCUCCAGCCUCCUUCCCGUCUGGCAUCAAGGCACUAGCAGACUAUGUGCACAGCAAGGGGCUCAAGCUGGGUCUCUACGCCGAUGCUGGGAAGCGCACGUGUGCGGGCAAGCCAGGGUCUCUCGGGAACGAGGCGACUGACGCCCUCACCUUCGCUGAAUGGGGAGUGGAUUAUGUCAAAUAUGACACCUGCUACGAUGAUGGAACUACCACUAAGAGAAGCCAAUCAGCCAUGCGCAAUGCCUUGGAUGCUACCGGAAAAGACAUCUCGGUCUCCAUGUGUGAGGGACAAGCGGACAGCUCUGCUCUGUGGGCGUAUGGGUUGGCGGAUCCCUGGCGCACCACCCUUGGCGCUGAUGACACGUGGCGGAGCGUGACGUGGGUUUCGGAUGCCAACAACAAGUGGGCCAAAUACGCUGACCCUCGCAGCUGGAAUGACCUGGACAUUCUUCAAGUGACAGAGGGCGCCAUGGGAGAGACAGAGCACCAUGUGCACUUCAAUCAGUGGGCCAUCAUGAAGGCCCCACUCCUGCCGGCCUGCGCUCUCUCUGCUGCAUCACAGCCAGCCAUGACCAUCCUCAGCACCGAUGAGGCUAUCGCCCUCAACCAAGAUUCAUUGGGAGUGCAAGCACAGGAGGUGCAACUAUCCAAGGAAUCUUCAGUGAAGGUCUGGGUGGGAUCGCUAUCUGAGGGUCGGAGAGUGGUGGCAUUGGUAAACCGUGGCGGGAAGAAUGUUGUCGUCAGCUGGAGAGAGCUUGGGCUGAAUCCGGAGCAGCGGAUGCACGCUCGAGACCUGUGGCAGAAUUCCAUCAUUAACUCUGCCAACUCUAAUGAGCUCACCGCCCAAGUUCCAAGCCACGGUGUGCGAUUAUUUGUUCUCUCGCCUGCAACAGAUGCCAAUCUGAAACAAUAA